AUGAUGAAAAAACUUAUUUAUAUUACAACUACCUUUAUUGUUCUGUUUGUUACAUCUGAGAUAAUUUUUGGCCACCAGUUGGGGGAAGAUAAACCAAACCAUGGUAAACAGUUAAACGAUUUGAAUCCACACCAUGAUCUAAAAAUAUGGAAUUUUAAUAAAUUACGUUCUUCAAAUGAAAAAGAAGAAAAUAAUAAAGAUGAUGCCUUUGAUGAUGAAAGCCAUGGGCAAUUCGAUUCAAUUAAUAUCGAAUCCUUUGAAAAUAAAUAUAAUGCUCAAAAUAAGAAAUUCACAUUAUAUAAUGAUCCCCAAAAUAAAAAUUAUCUUAGCUCGUUAAAAGGUGUUAACCAUGACAAUGAACAGUCCAAUAAAAAAGUAACUGUGCCUAAAAAUUCAUUUAUCCAAAACAGUGAUGCACCAACAUUUGAUUCUAAUAUUUUUAAAAUAAUAGAUGCUAUAUCUGGUAUAGAUACUGUAAAAGAAAAUAUAUCAUUUAUUUACGUGAAACUGGGAACUUUAGAAGAACUUCGAGAUAUAUUACGUAAGUUUUAUACUGAUAAAGAUAUUGAAUUAAAAAGUGUAUUAGAUAAGCACAGUCAAAUAAAUAAUGAAUUAGAUAAAAUAUUUAAAGAGUAUCAACCUCAAAGAAAUUCGGUAAUAAAUGAGAUGUCCAAUUUGCACAAUCCUCUUUAUAAUUUUUAUAAUACUUCAUCGGGUAAUUAUAGUUCAUAUACAUCAUCUCAAAGAAACCUUGUAUAUACCUUCAUUCCAGCACUUAGAAAAAUAGAAUCCGAAAUAGAAAAUGGCAUUAAUUCUAUGGAAAGUACAUAUGAAAAAUUAAGUAAGACUAAGACUGCAGAAUUAAAAACCACUCUUGAAAACUAUGCUAGAAGUGUAAUGGACUACAAUAAUAAAAUAGUAGAAUCUAUAAAGAGUCCUUCAAUUCUCGAUGAUAAAAAAACAAUUGAAUUUAUCAAAUUUCUAAUUGAUACUUUAAAUACUCGAAAAAAGCCCCAAAGUAUUAAAAAUAAACUAAUAUUUAUAUUAAAUCAAAUUAAUGAAGCUAAAAAAAAAUAUGACUGGCAUAAGCUGGUAUGUAGACAGAUGCAUAUGUUUAUGACUAGUUAUAUAAAAGAAAUUGUUCCAUAUAGAUAUAAAGAAUAUUUUUAUGAUUUUACAUUGACAUCAAGCAAGCGUGCUAUUAUCGCUUACAAUGAAGAUCGUUUAAAAGCUUUAGAAAAAUUAUAUAAGUACCUAAAGGAAGUGUUAUUUCAUAUUUUUAAAAUGCUAGGAAGAUUAUUAAUAGAAAAUCCUGAUCCACAAAACACUCUAGUAUUUAAAGAUGACAUUCAUGACUUUGAUCUCGCCAUACACAAAUCGAAAUUCAAAGAAUUAAAAGAUCAAUUUUUUGAAAUAUUUAAAGAUGAAUGGGAAUCUUAUAAUGGCAAAAUUAUUGAAAAAUCUGAUAGUAUAGAUGAAGAAAAGAUGGCAAUUUUAGAAAAUAUGAACAAAUAUAAAAAUUUGAUUGAUUCUAUGGAAAGUUCUCAAAAAAAGGGGCUUGAAGAAAAAAACAAGUAUCUUGAUGAAAUACAGAAAAAAUUAGAUAAAGAAACUUAUGAAGAAAAACAAGAAGGAUUUACGACGUCUUUAGAAUUGGGAAAAACAUGGGAAACAAAAAAAAAAGAAAUAUUAGAGAAAUUAAAUAAAGAUAAUUCUGAAACUGUUCAAUUGGGAGAACAACUUAAAGAUACAUUAAAAAAAUGUUCGGAUAUGAUUGCUGAAAAAAACCAUAUGAAAGAAUUAACAUCUGAAAUAAACGAAAAAAUAAAAGACAUAUCUGGCAAACAAGAAUAUAUUAAAAAAGCAAUUGAUUUAAAGAAUGAAGUAAAAAAGAACAUCGUAUAUUUUGAUGAAUUAGGUAAACAAUCACCAUAUGAAAUUAAACAAUAUUUAGAAACAAAAGAUGCAAUACAUAACACAAUAAAAUCAGAGUUAUCCGAAAUUUAUGAAGGUAACAUUGAUGAACUUUACAAUGAAUUAUCUUCUAUAGUUAAAGAAAACACCAUUGAUAAUACGAAAGACAAAAAAAAACUUGAAGAUUUAAAAUCAAAAAUAAAUGAUGAGUAUAAAAAAAUCGAAAACAUAAAAAUUCAAAUGGAUGCAUCACAUUUAAGCACUAUAGAAGAUAACAAAAAUAAACUCAUAAAUACCAUUUUGGAAGCUAAAAAAUACAUAUAUAAAGAGAUUCAAAACGACGUAAAUCAAAGGUUAGACAAUUUUAAAAAUAAAGAAACAGGUUUAUUAAAUAAUAUAAAUGAUUACUCUAAACAUAAUGACGAAUUAAGUAAUUAUAAAACUACUAUUUCAAAAAUCAGAGAUCAAUAUAAUGAGAAAACUAAUGUAGGCAAUAUACAGGAAGAAGAAUCAAAGGAAAUCCAGGAAAAAAUCAAAGAAUAUAUGACGAAAAUAUCGACUAAAGAAGAUGAAAUAUUAAAAAACAUCAAUGAAGUGAAACAUAUGAAAGACAAUUUCUUAGAUAAAGUAAAUAUAUAUACAAAUUUUGACGACAUUUAUAAAGAAAAUGUAGAUUCAGAACACGAUCAAUUUACUGAAUUAGCAAAAAAAAUAAAAACAGACGUUGCUAGCAAGGAAUUUAAUGAAUAUGAACAAAUGUUAGGUGAUAGUAAAGCUUUAAUUCUUCAAACCAACAAAUCCAUUGAAGAGGAAUAUCAAAAUAUAAAUACCCUAAAGAAGGCAAAUGAAUAUAUACAAUUAUGUGAUAAUACAACUGAAUUAAUAAAAAAUUUUCAUAAUAAACGUAAUGAAUUAAGUGAAAUUUUAAAUAAAAAUAUUGAAUCCAUAAAUAAUACUACUUCAAUAGAAAAAUCGUAUGCAGAAAAUUUUAUAAACACAUUAACAAAUAAAACAAAGGAAUUAGAUGACAUAUUCAAAGAUGCAUCUCUAAAUGAACACAAAAAAACUAACGAGGAAUUGAAAACAUAUUUUAAUGAUUUAAAAGAAAAUUUAGGGAAAGAUUCCAAUAGUACACUAUCCCAACAAUUUAAUGGAAAAGAAAAACUUUUUAAUGAUAUUAUACAAAAAAAUGUAGAUAUAAAUAAAAAUAUUUCAAAUAUAGAAAAAGAAAUUUAUUCAUCAAUUCAUAAUAUUAAUGAGGACAUAGAAAAUGAAAUUGAAAAAAAUAUAAAAUCAUUAAAUACCCAAGUAUUUGAAAAGGUAAAAACAAACGUAGCCAAUUUGAAUGAAAUAAAAGAAAAAUUAAAACAAUAUAAUUUUGAUGAUUUUGAGAAAGAAAAAAAUAAAAAAUAUACUGAUGAAAUGAACAAAAUUAAAGAUGAUGUUACAACCUUAAAUAACAAAAUCGAUAAAAACAUAACGAAAUUAACGGAAAUAGAAAAAAACUCAGAAAGCUAUACUAGCGAAAUAAAAACCCAAAUAGACAAAUCAGAAAAGGUAACGGAUAAAACCAUAUAUAAAGAAGAACCAAAGGAAAUUGAAAAAAAAAUAAAAAAUAUAAUAACAAAAAUAGAUAGAAAAAAAAAUAUAUUUGAGGAAAUAAAUAAAUUAUUAAAUGAAAUAUCAAAAAUAGAAACCGAUCAAACCUCAGCAGAUGAAUUAAAAGAUAUAGAUACAUCAUAUGUAACAAGUUUAAGUAACCUAUUUUUGGGAAAAAUUGAUGAAGAAAAGAAAAAGGCUGAAAAUACGAUAAAAUCAAUUGAAACAUAUAUCGAAAAUUUUGACAUUAUAAAAAAAAAAUCAAAUGAAAUGCAAAUGGAAAUAGAUGUGGAAAAUCUUAAUAUAUCAUAUGACGAAGACAAAUAUCGGAGUAUUAAUAAGGAUAAUGAAACAUAUUUUGUAAAUAUUAAUGAAAAAUCUUUAAAACUAAAAAAUGACAUUUCGGGAAUAUCAAAUAUAAAUGAUAUUAAAAAAGAGUUACAGUCGAAUGUUACAGAUGCCCAAAAUCAUAAUAAUGAAAUUGAUCAGUAUUUAAAAAAUAUUUCGGAAAUAUAUAAUAUUUUAAAAUUAAAAAGUAUUCAAAGUAUCGUUGAUAAAGUAAAAGAAUAUACUAAUCAAAUCGAACAAAAUAAUAAAAAUAUAAAAAAUGAAUUAGACAAAACACAAAUCAUAGUUGAUUCCCUCAAAACCGAAUUAGAUUUAAAAGCAUGUGAAUCGAAAUUGAAUUCGCCUAUUGACGAUAAAGAUAUUGAUGAUUGCAUAAGUACAAUUACAGACUUAAAAAAAUUUAUAUUAAGCGAAGAAGAUUAUUUAAAAAAUUGUUAUAAAAACUCUGAAGAGCAUAAUAAAAUUGCAUCAAUAAAUUUUAAAAAUAUAGAAAUAACAGAUAACCAAUCUCAAUACAUAAUAGCAACUAAAAGGGAUCUUGAUACUCAUAAUCAUGAUUCUAAUAUUAGUAAAUUAAAUGAACAUAAGGAUAAAUCUAAAGCUUAUAAAGAUGAAAUUGAUAAUAAUAUUAAAAAAUUAGAAGAAAAUAAGAAAAUAUUUGAAAAAUAUAAACAAGAAACCACUGUACUUUUAAAUAAAUAUUCUGCAUUAGCAUUAAAAAAUAAGUUUGAUCAAACAAAAAAGGAUUCUGAAUUAAUAAUAAAGGAAAUAAAAGAUAUACACAAGAAUUGUGUUGUUCAAUCGGAAACAUCUGAACAAAAAAUGAACACAAUAAAAAAUGAACAAAUUUUUAUCGACGACAGCAAUACUAAUAAUGAUAAAUCUAAUAAUGCAAUUAUAUCUAUUCAAGGAUCCAUAGAAAAAUUCAAAACAAAAUUAUUAAAUAUAAAUGGUAUAAUGCAAAAAUCAAAUGACUGUUUAAAAGAGACCACAGACAUAGAGGAACAAAUAUCAAAAUUAUCCAUAAAUAAUCAAGAUACUGAAUUAGUAAAUAACGAAAUUAAAUUAAAUGAUUUUAAGAAAUUUUUAUCAUCUCUCAAAGAAAAAAAAAUAUAUAUUCAAGAUCGAGAAAAAGAAUUAAAUGAAGUCAAUUCUCAAAUUAAAAAUAUAGAAAACGAUGUAAACCAGUAUAAAAAAGAUUACGAAAUUGGAAUUGUAGAAAAAAUAAAUGAAAUCGCCAAAGCAAAUAAAGACAAAAUUGAAUCAACAAAAGAAUCAAUAGAACCAAUAAUACAAAAUAUAAUGUCUUCUUUUAAUUCAAGUGAUUUAGAAGAUAUUGCCAGUAAUGAAGCGUUGGAAACAUAUAAAACAAGCAUGAAUAACACAUAUAAUGAGUUUAUGGAAUCAUACGAUCUAAUAAAAAAAUAUUCAGAAACAGUUUCAAAAGAACCCACAAUAUAUGAGGAUAUUAAAAAUACACGAAUCGAGGCACAAAAUGAACUCUUAAAAAAUAUAAAAAAUGAAAAUAAUGCUAAACUCUAUUUAGAUGAUAUAAAAGCAAAUGAAUUUGAUAGAUUAGUCAUAUAUUUUAUGAAUAAAUUAAAUACUUUAAAUGAUAAGUUUAAUAGCGAAUAUAUAAAAAUUGACGAAGGACUUGAUAAUAUUUCAAAAUAUAUUGAUAAUGUUAAAAACUCAACCGAUGAAGAUUCAUUACAAAAGGUACUAAAUCAAACAAAAUAUGAAUAUUUGAAUAUUAUCAAGAAAACAUAUUAUAGUUAUAAAUAUGAUGCAGAUAACAUAUUUAGAAAUAUUGUUAAAUUAUCAAAUUCUUUAAAUAUUCAAAUACAAACAAACUCAGGAAUAGAUUUAUCUAAAAACAUUAAUGCAGCCAUAUCAUCUUACUUAAAUUCCCCUCAAAAUGAUCCUCUAAUUUUUGUUUCACCUUCACUAAAUAAAUUAAAAACAUAUACAAAAAUAAACAAUUCUUACAAUACUCUUCUUGAUAUAUUUAAAAAAAGUCAAGAUUUGCAUAAAAAAGAACAACAAACAUUAGAUCUUAUAUUCGGAAAUCGACGUUUAUAUGAAACAGUUCAAACGACCAAUGAAUUAAAAAAGACAUUAAAUGAUUUAAAAAAUAAAAAAGAAAAUAUAUUAAAUGGCGUUAAACUCGUUUUAGAUAAAUCUAAUGAAAUAAGACAAUUAUCGUUUGGUUCUCAAAAUUAUGAUAAUAUUUUAGAAGCAUCAAAGUAUAAUCAAAUAAAAACAAAAAUCGAUAAUUAUGAACAGGAAAAAGAACAACUUAGAAGAAAUUUUGAUAUAACGACUAUGGAAGAACAAUUGGAAAAUAUCAUUAAAUCUAUCGAACAAUUAGAAAAUGAUUACAAUUCUUCAGAGGAAAAUAAUAAUCAUUUACAAUCUAAAAAAAAACUAAAUGAACUAACUAAAACAUUUAAUACUGAAAUAAAAAACAUUGAAAAUAAAAUAAUAGAAAAAAAUAAUUUAAUUAGUAAAUUAAUAGAGGAUAGAAAGGACUGUCUACUUUUUACGAAUACAGAAUUAAUAGAAGCUCUUAAAAAUAAAUCAAAUAAUUAUUCGGAAUUUAUAACGUCUGCAACUAAUUUUUCAAAAGAAUUUUUAAAAUACAUUUAUGAUACUUCUAAUUCUUUAAAUGAUGACAUAAAUGCAUUACAAACUAAAUAUAAUUUAAAUGAAUCAAACAAAGAUGUAACACGUAUAUUUGUAGAUGUAACUAAUGAUAAUAAUGAUUUAAUAAAAACGGAAAAAGAAGCUACUCAGGCAGUUAGUAAUUUGACCAAAUUAUUUUCAAUAGAUUUACAAAAUGCUGAUGUCAAUGAAUUAUACAAUAAUAAGCUACAAAUGAUUUAUUUCAAUUCUGAAGCUCAAAAAUCAAUCGACCACAUAAAACAAUUAUAUAAAAAAAUACUUGCCUUUAAAUUAUCAAAUAUAGAUCAGAUUAAUACAAAAUAUUCUGAUAUAUCCAAACUAUUUGAUAAUAUUAUACAGUCACAGAAAAAUAAAUUAACAGAAAAUCUAAAUAAUUUAAAGGAAACUGAACAAUAUAUUUCUGAUCAAAAAAAUAAUUUCCUUCAUAUACGAAAAGAAACUAUAAAUCCAGAUUUAAACACGCUUAAAGAAAUAUAUAAUAAUAUUAUUGCUCGUGAAAAUAAAAUACAUGAAAUUGAAAAUAUUAAUAAUAAUGAAAAAGAUAAUAUAACCUUAUAUAUGGACGCAAUUACCAAUUUAAUGGGAAAGAUACAAAAUAUCUUAGAUUAUGUUACAACUCAUGAAAAUGAUCACAAUAUAACCGAGCAAGAUAUUCAAAACAAUGAUGAAAGCGAUAAAAAUAUAACCGAGCAAGAUAUUCAAAACAAUGAUAAAAGCGAUCAAAAUAUAACCGAGCAAGAUAUUCAAGACAAUGAUGAAAGUGAUGUAUCAAAAAUUAAAAAUAAUUUAAAAAAUACAAUCCAGUCACUUCAACAAAUUCAACAGAAAAUAAAUGAAACCAAAACACAAUUUUAUGAUAAUAAUAGCAUAAAUGAUAUUAUAACUACUAUAUCAAAAAAUACAAGUGAUGUAAAAACACAUAUUUCUAAGGAUUCAACUAUAGAAAGCGAACUCAUGAAUAUACAACAUAAUUUAGAAAAUAUUAAAAAUGCUUCGCACGAAAGUCAAAGUACUCAAGUAGAUAAAUAUGCUAAUACUGUACAAAAUUAUAUCGAAGAACAAAAUAAAAAAAUUGAAAUUAAUCCAAACAAGGAAGAAAUAGAAGAUACAAUAGAAAAAAUCAAAAAUUAUAAUCAAGAAUCGGAAAUAAAAUUACAGAACAUUUUAGAUCAUCAAAAACAAGUUGAAUCAAUAAAAGCAGAUAUUACUAAAAUUCAUACUUUAAUUAAAUCCGAGUAUAAUAAUAAUAUUCCAUAUAAGGAUGCUAUAAAGUAUGAAGAAGAUAGCAAUAAUUUAAUUUAUGAUUUAAAUAAGAGUCAAAGUAUACUUAACAAUUUAAUAGAUAAAAAUAAAAACAUUAUAAAAGAUUUAGAAUAUAAAAAGAAUAAUACUCAAAAUCGUAAUUAUUUAUUCACCAUUAAUAGACAACAAGAAAUAGCAGAAAUAAAACAUGCUACUAAUACACACCAUGAUGAUAUUAGUGAUAUUAGUGAUAUUGAUGAUAUUAGUAAUAUUGAUGAUAUAAAACAAACAAAUAAGGAACGCUCAAACUCAAAUAAACAUGAUACCCCCAAAGCAAAAAACAUAAUAAAUUAUAUUAAAUACGCCGGUGUAUUUAUGUUUGGUUUUGUAGCAAUAUAUAUAAUUGGUAAAUUCAGAAAAAAAGAUGAAACAGAUACAAUUGAUUUAGAUAUAUCUGAGCAUGUUUAUGAUACCGAGAAAAAUAAAUAUUAUCAAAGAAGUGAAGAAUUUAUAGAAAUAUAUAUGAAUAAAGAUUGA